GCCGUGAGCAGGACGGCUGAAGCGGAGCAGGCAGCAGGAUUCCCCAGGAGCCAAAAGCAACACGUAACAGAGCGGUUUCCCAGCUCGGAGGCAGCAGGAGGGGGCACCAGGAGAGGCGGGGGCAGCCGUAGGCUUUCAGUAUACACAGGGAGCUCCCCCCGAAAAAAGGAUAUAUACAUAUAUAUAGAAUAAAACACCCGCCGUGCUACCAAUCCCAUCAAGAAACCGCCGCCAAUCCGUGGAACAUGCAGCGUGAUCGCUGCAGAGCUCCGUAGUAGAUUCGCAAGAUGCUCAUCCGCCUGCGCUAUGGAAGACGCCUGCAGACCUAUCUGAAGAUAGGUGCCUGUGUCCUGGUGGGUCUGUGCUACUUCGCCUUCCUCUUCCGCGAAUCCCUAAAUGCCUACGAGCACCGCGAAAGAGUAACUGCCGCGGAGUUGGAGGCGGAAUCGGAACCCACGAAGCAGCAGCUCAAGCUGAAGCGCCAGCAGUUGCAGAGGCAGAGGAUCCUGGCCAAGCAGCAGGAGCAGGGAAAGGCCACCACUGGAGGGAAUGCCAGUGCCGGAAGCUCACAUCCCGUGGCCGAGGUUCCUCCUCCGCCGGCGAGCACCUUGAAUCCGGUCUACGAAUAUUCGGAGGAGCUGCACAGCCGCACGGAGCGGGAAUUGCAGAAGAGGAACGAACAUCUCUCCGCCGUUUGCGAUCGCUAUCAGCUGAAGGAGAAGUAUCCACCGAAUCCCUGGGAGUUCUUCGUCUCACCCGGACACAACAAUCUCGUCUGGUGCAAUGUAUUCAAGGCAGCCAGCAGUACGUGGAUGUAUUACUUUAAUAUAUUGGCUGGCUACGAUGUGAAGUAUCUGCAGAGGACGGACACCCAGCCACUGGAGCUGGCGAGAAAGCGUUUUCCCCGACCUGAGCUCGGCGAACUGAUGGAGCUGCUGCCCAGUGCGUUGUCCUUCCUCUUCGUGCGCGAUCCCUUCGAGCGGAUACUGAGUGCCUAUCGGAACAAGCUGGAGGGGAACAAGAACACCUUCUACAAGGCACUGGGCACCAAGAUCGUGCAUCGCUACCGGAAGAGGAGUCUCGGAGGACCUUGGCCGAGAUGCGGACCCACCUUCGAGGAGUUUGUGCGCUUCCUGAUCGCCGAACACGAGGCUGGCAAGAAAUUUGACGAGCACUGGGCUCCGAUCUACAGCUUCUGCACGCCCUGCAGCGUCAACUUCACGAUCAUCGGGAAAACGGAGACUUUUCAAAGGGACUCUGAGUUCAUCAUUCGACAGGCGGGACUGGAGUCGCUGCUUUUGGGAUUGGGAAAGCUGCCGCAGCGAAAGCAGCGCAAGAUUGGCAACCAGGCGCGCAGUGGAAUCAAAUCGGAGGCCCUGGUCGAGCGUUAUUUCGCCGAUCUCGACCGCUCAACGUUGGACCAAUUGCUCAAGAUAUAUCGCAUCGACUUCGAGCUGUUUGACUACGACUACCGCAAGUACUACGACAUGGUGCAUCCGUGGAGCCAGGAGCAGAGCACCUCUGCAUCCGGAGUGCCUGCUGCGGGAUCCACCAGCACCACGGCCUCCUUGUCGUCGGGAGGACACUCCACCCAGGGUCAGACGACCUAGAGUCAAACAGCUGGGCAUCGAUGAGUCGCGAAACAAUCUUAUCAUGUACCUUUUUACACGAAAACUCGAACCACAGAUAAACUGACACACCACACGAAACAAACAAACAAAAACAGAACCCAACCGAAGCUAACAAAUCUACCAAAGAAAAGUUUAUGGCCAAAUCAACGUUUUCCAAAAACGCAAAACCAAAACAAAACACUCUUGACCUCUCUCUUAGAUAAUGCCAAAAAAAAAAAAAAAACAAAUGGAUAGGAUGGAUAGGAAGGAAGCGAAAGGAAAAACUUAGUUAGAAGAUUUAGCAUUUUGAUGGAUUUUUUCAGCCACCAAAAUUCUGACACGAGACCCCUACAAUUUUACAUGGCGUGGCAUGUGUUGUGUUGUAGCUAGUUUAUAAGUACCUACAAUUUACAGUUGCACUCUCAAACCAAACGAAAUCGACAAACACCAUAUAUUAUAUAUAAUAGUUAAACGAUAUAUACAGACCUCUAUACCAAUAUCGCGAACGCUAUUCUUCAUGGCAAGGCUGGAGAGUUAUAUAUACAACAACCAGAAAGUGAGAAAUCGUCUUAAACCAAAGAAAAUUCUGUAUUUACACAUAUUUACAACCGAAUCCCCAAAUACCAAGCCCUCAACAAACCACAACAUAUGGUACUUACUAUUAUUAAGUUAUUAUAUAUACCUAUUAUAUAUAAACGAAAUUUAUAAACAGGUCUUGAUCUAAGUCUAUAACUUUUGUGGACUAGAUACGUUUUUCCUAGGCUAACGAAACAAGCGGAAAAUAUUCAAGUUUUCGAUUGGAAAAUGAAAAUGAUACCAAAGAACGGAUAGAAAGUAUUUGAAACUUAUUAACGAGAAAGGAAACCCAACAACAACAAAAACUUUUCAUGUGAUGUUUAAGGAUUUAUUAUAAAGACAGAGAAUAUUUAAUUAUUAUACUUAUACUGUAUUUCGAAUAAUGAUAAAAACAAAAACGAAAUCGAAAUCGAAAUUAGUGACAUACACCCGAUAUUAUUCUAAAUAAAUUUAAAUUUUCAAAACUUUUUUCGUUGUACAAGUACAAGGCAACAACGUCAUUAAGAAUAAAUAAUCUCUUUACCACUCAAAA